AAAUAUGUGUUCAAACAAACAAGUAAACAAGAAUGGCUGUCAAAUCCUAAAGUUGUUUUUCCACAUCCUAAUAAUCCAAAGGGAACCUGAUUAGAACGUUCUAGCACUCUGUGCGGCCGCAUGUCUUUGCUAAAUUCAAAGUGUUUCCUCACAUUAAUGAUGGCAUGAUCAUUUUGUGUUGCCAUCACAUGUGUGUCUUCCGCUGUAAAGCACUUUUUACGUUUUUACGUUACCGUAAAAUAAACCUGCCGUGCCUCAAUCCGAAUGGUAUUUUCCCACAUCGAUAUAAUUGAUUUAUUUCAUUCUGAAAUGAUUUUAUAAUGAUAUUCGAUUAACAACUUGCCUCAGACGGAUUUGUUUGGUUAGAUCCUAACAUGUACAUUUGCAUUUGUUACCAUGGCAAACAUGAGGUCUGUGACAUUGGAAAUAGAGUCCAUGACAGAAAAAGUGUUUGUGCAACAUAAGUGGCUAUAAUGAGGUGGAACACAUAAGAGAAACGGAUAAGCAGACUUUAAUAAUUUGAAAAGAACGGGCAUAUAAUCCCCCCCCCGACACACACACACAUGCUCACACAGGCAUAUACUUGCCCCCCUCCCUCCCUGCCACCUCCUCCUCAGCGUGUAUGGCUCUCUCUCUCUAAGCCCCAGCCUCUGAAGGUGUCAUAACGGUGCUCGCUCUCCGUCUCUCACUCACUCUCUGUCACCGCCUUUCAGAUCUUUAAAAGCCGGUGCUCCUCGGUGUCUCUCUCAAUCUCCAUUUGUGUCCUCUGGCACUGCAGGGGACUCAACCAGCAAAGCAAAAAGAAAAGCCACUGUGUGGAAGCAGGCAGAGGACUGAGGAAAGGGGAGAGAAAAGGAGGCAGAGGCUGAAAUACAACCAGAAAUAGCAUCAGCCACAUUUAACUGACAGGGAGUGACAGUGUGAGGCCUGAGACCUGAACAGAAAAUGCCUGUCCUCUCCAACCCAACUGCCGUUGUCUUGUUGCUGAUAGCUCACUGCGGAUCAUGGACCGGAGCGAUCCACUUGGGCUCCUUCAAGGUCUGUCCCUCCUGCAGGGAUCCACUGGGAGCGGGUCGGCCCCCGAGGGACCAUAACGCUGCCGGCAGCACCACAGUUUUGGCCCAGGGUGAGCCUUGUGGCGUGUACACCUUGAGUUGUGCCAAAGGGCUCCGCUGCGUUCCCCCACCCAGGGAGCAAAGCCCCCUGCAGGCUCUCCUGCAGGGAAGGGGGGUUUGUGCCAAGCACAGCAGGACUAUUCCCACUGAGAGGCCCCACCCCACAGGUCCUCAUCCCUCACACAGUGGCGACAUUGAAAAAGCGCCCUGCCGCAAGCUGCUCAACAGCGUGUUGAGGGGCCUUGAGCUGACAAUCUUCCAGUCUGACCGCGACAUCUAUAUACCCAACUGUGACACCCGGGGCUUCUACAGGAAAAAGCAGUGCCGCUCCUCCAAGGGCAUGCAGCGUGGCCACUGCUGGUGCGUAGAUGAGCUCGGAGUGCCCGUGCCUUCACGUGCCAACGAAGAUGGCACUUUACCGUGCGAUGGGGAGUGAGAGGCGAGUUUGUCCGACUGCUCUCAGCCCAGAGGAAGAGGAGGAGGAGGAGGAGGUGAUGGUGGAGGAGCAGGAGCACAGACAGAGAGGGAGUGGCUUUCGCAUGUUCUAGUCAACUGCCUGGGCAGGAGGUAGCAGGGAUAAACCAUGUCCUGUGCACACAAGUUCAUGUUCUAUCACUUUUACAGUCUAGCAUCUGCGUGAACGCUCGACAUCUGCAGCGGCGACCUCACGCUCUCAUUCAUGCUCCUUAAAACUGCCUCAGCGAUCCCAGUGGUGUGAAUGGUCUCUGUAUUCCCUGGCUCUUGUCCUGGCUUUUCUGGUGGAUGUUGUUCUCUUUUAUUUUCAGUUUAGGAUAGCUGACACUGCCUGUGUUUGUUCUGAUCUCAGUGGGCUGAAAUACUGUUACGCAGGUGACGCGACACAGACGCUUGGAAAUGUGUCUCCCUCACCGUCCUCACUCCUUCUCUCCAAAGACACACUGAUAACAACCCAGAACAAAACCACAGACUCUUCUUUUGUUUUUCUCCUAAUUUAUUUAUGAGUGUUUGUCCAUCAAAAACUGCUUGAAUCUUAUGGUAUCACAUAUAUAUAUAUAUAUAUCUACAUAUAUCUAUCUAUCUAUAUAUAUGUAUAUAUAGAUUGAUAGUUAGAUAUAGAUAUAUAUAUUUUGACUUGACACAUACGUAUACGUGUCACUAUAUGUAUUGACACAGAUAGGUAUGUGUCAAGUCAGAACAAAUAUUCAUUCGAGUCCAAUGCUGGAAGCCUCUAUUCACUUUGCUGAAUCAACAUUCUGACUGCUUUGUGUGUAAAUAUGUUUGAGUUUUUGUGGUCGACUGUUUGUUCUGAAGCGGCAGACGAAAACGUGUACGGCUGUUAUCCUUUACAAAGAGUUGUAAGGCAUAUUUUUAUACACAUCGGUAUAUUUUAUAUAUGAAUUACUGGUUUAUUUAACAAACUACAAUACAGUGCCAUGUAUUUUUAUAUUGUCAGCAGUUUCUUAUUUAAAGACAGAUGAUUCUUUUUUUUUUUUGGAGUUAAAGGAAGUGUUGCGCUCUAAAGACACAUUUGCAGCAAAACUCGUCACGUUUAACAGAGCUCUAUUGAACUGCUGUACAUAGAACGACUUUUUUUGUUUGUUUUAUUUAUGUUACGUGAGAGUUGAGAGUGUCCAUGUCACUCCUAUGUUUUAUUUUGGCCUACCCUGCAACAAAGUUUGAUUUCUUGGAUCAAAAAAAAAAAGAAAAACUAAGGGUUAUAUAUAUUUAGCGUCAUCUUGGUAUGUCUACCCCAAAAAAUCAUGAAAUUGUGUACUAAUAAUACAAUGUGGUUAGAAUUUGUCAAUUUCUGAACAAUCUUCUUGUGCCAGUGUGUGUGCAGUUGUGAUGGGUCUAUGCACUAUGGACCCUAAAGACAUUUACAGAUAUAAAAAAAUAUGAUCAUAAUAAAAUGGAGAAGAAUAAAAUGUAUAUUAAUAUAA